AUGAGCUCUGCUUCACGAGGCAACGUAUCGCAAAACUCGACAUCUGAAGAUUGCCUUUCCCACAUCGACAAACUCUAUACAGACCUUCUUCAAUUAAUUACUUCGGUAGAAAAGGGCAGCGGUUCGGAACUAACAGCGCGUUUAAGAAGUGUUGAAAGCGAAAUUGCAAGUUUCAAAGAAAAAAUUCGUCAAAUUCCUAACAUACAAGUCAACGAAAAUCGAGAAAGGGAUCAAAUUUCGUCAUUAUAUAGGCAAUUGAAGUUAAAAGAUGAGCUCAUCAAGUCCCUGUCCACCUACGACAUCACCAAAGGACUCCAAGGGCGUUGGUUGGACGACGAAAAAGAGCUUCCAUUGGCAAGGCAACAAAAAGGUGUCGAAACUCAAAAAGAAAGUGUGACUGGUUUUUGGGAAGUGCGUGAUAUGUUUUCUUUCGAAAACGUCGGAUUCACUCAUUCCGUUGAUGGCGUCAAGUAUUUGACCUGCGCUGACUGCGAUUAUGGCCCGAUUGGUUAUGUGGAUUCCGACACGAAAAUGAACUACGUGACUCCAAGUCGCUUAUCGGAAAAACCCUAA